AUGGGGGAUUUCAAUGGAUCUGCAUGUUACAAUGUAUCUUUGCUUCAUCCCAAUCGAAUCUGGCAAACAGCUAGUGUUGUAAAAUCAGAGCUCCCUGUUCUCGCCUUUCAAAUUAUCUUCAUUGCGCUCCUGUCUAGACUUUUCUUCUUUAUCUAUAAACCCCUCCUACAACCUCGUCUUCUUUCUCAAAUCUCUGUUGGUUUCAUUCUUACCAAACCAUUCAUUGGGAAUUACGGACAUGUUUUUCAAUACAUUUAUCCGGUUGCUGGCGUUAUCAAUAUUGAAGUGCUGACACACAUUGGCCUAAUAUUCUAUGCGUUCCUUUGUGGCCUGGAGAUGAACCUAAAUGCCAUUCUACGAGCUGAUAAAAAGUCCAAGGGCAUCGCCAUUGCUGGGAUCGCCUUUCCCAUGGUGAUGGCACCGGCCUUAUAUGCCCUGCAUCGAAAAGUUUAUGUCACUACUUCUACCAACAAACUUGAAGAUCACACAACUUAUGCUUAUUUACUUUGGACUCUCAUUAUCACCGUAACAGGUUUUCCACUCGUAGUUCAAUCCCUUUCUGAUCUCAAGCUCCUUUAUACGGGUCUCGGCAGAAUCGCUUCAACAACAACCAUGAUUAGUGACACCUAUGCAUGGAUUCUUUUCACAUUGGUGCUUCCAUUUUGUACUAAUUUUGACGGAGCAAUAUACUCAGUGAUGUGCACCAUAGUAUUCAUUGUUGUUUCCAUCUUUGUGCUACAUCCUAUAUUGGAAAAGUUUAUCAAUAACAAGACAGAAAAGGAUGACUGGCAUGAUGGCCAAUUAAUCUUUGUGGUAAUGGGGGUCUUAGCUUUUGCAUACUUAACAGAUCUGCUUGGUACGCAUGGGAUUGUUGGGGCUUUUGUGUAUGGACUCAUUCUACCUCAUGGUAGAUUUUCUGACAUGGUGAUGUCAGUUUCAGAUGAUUUUAGUACUGGGUUUCUGGCACCAAUCUACUUCGCUGGAACUGGAAUGAAACUCACAUUAUCAACUAUUUUUGAACAAUCAAAUUGGCACUUGACAUUGCUAGUUGUACUUUUGCUGUGUGUUCCAAAGAUAAUAAGCACUAUGUUGACCGGUUUCUUCUUCGGCAUGAGCAACCGAGAAGGUUUAGCACUGGGCUUGAUUAUGAAUACCAAGGGUGCCAUGGCACUAAUCAUGCUAAACACUGCUUGGGAUAGAGGGAUAUUUUCUCCAGCAACAUAUACUGUAAUUACCUCUGCUGUUCUCCUAAUGACUGUAGUAGUAUAUCCAAUCAUCAACAUCAUCUACAAGCCCAGAAAGAGAUUUGAGAAGAACAGGCUAAAGACAAUAGAAAAGAUAAGAGCUGAUGCAGAGCUUCGAAUUCUAGCGUGUGUCCACAAUACGCGCCAAGCUACCAGUAUGAUCAACAUAAUUGAAUACUUUAAUGCCACAAGAGUUUCCCCCGUACAAGUUUUUGCAGUCUACCUUGUUGAACUUACCAGACGCGGUGCUGCACUUGUUGCUGCGCACAUGGAGAAGCCUAGUCACCAUCACCGAGUGCAAAACCUGACCACAACACAGAGAGAAUUAGAGAACAUUACUAACAUCUUCGAAGCAUUCAGAGAGGAACAUGAUGCUGCAAGAGUCUGGACCUCAAGUGUCAUGUCAGACUACGACACCAUUCAUGAGGACAUACAUGACACAGCAAAUGAGAAACACACAAGCCUGAUUCUCCUUCCGUUCCACAAACAUUUCACUUUACAAGGGGUGUUAGAAACAACGAGUCUAGCAUAUAGAGAUAUAAAUCAAAAGGUAAUGCAAUAUGCACCUUGUUCUGUGGGAAUCUAUGUUGAUCGCAGUGCCGGGAAGUUACAGAAAAAAAACUUCCACAUUUUCAUGCUCUUUGUUGGUGGUCCUCAUGAUCGUGAAGCCAUGGCUGUUGCAAAGAGGAUGACGGGGAAAGCUGGAGUCGCGCUAACGGUGGUUCGAUUCAUCUUGCUUGAUGAACUGGCAGAGGUGGAUACUAAAAGUUACCCUAAAGCGCAAGGGUUGUUAUCCUCUGUGAUGGACAGUGAGAAACAAAAAGAGUUAGAUGAUAAGUAUGUGAGUUCAUUCAGACUCAAGGUAGUGAAUAUGAAUGAUGAUUCUAUAUCCUACUCAGAGAUUGGUGUACAUUCUAUUGGUGAUAUCAACAAAGUUCUGAGUGAGAUUGAAAACAAUGGUUGCGAUUUAUACAUAGUUGGACAAGGGAACGGUAGGAACUCUCGUGUGUUAUCAGAUCUAUUGAAGUGGUGUGAUUACCCAGAACUUGGAGUUAUGGGCGAUAUUAUAGCGUCAAAGGAUAUCGUUUCACGCUCUUCUUUGUUGGUUGUGCAACAAUAUGGGUAUGGAGGAAUGACUUUUGGAAAAGAUCUCAACCUUGUGACAAAUAAUCAUGAGGUUUGA